AUGGACUCAGCCAAUCUGGGCUGGCUCCAGCCCGUAUAUGCAAACUCGACUUCCAUGGAAGAAAUGCGUGAGCGAUUCGUGGAACAAGGUUACCUUUGGGUCAAAGGACUCGUCCCACGCGAAGAUAUCUUGGACUUUAGGCGCAAGUACUUUGAAUUCAUGGCUCCUACUGGAGUUCUCAAGGAAGGAACCGACCCCAUUGAUGGCAUAUACUGCGGAGCAGAUCCGGAACAAUACCUACCUCCCGGGAAUGGACGUGAAGGUCACAACACAGAAAAGGCAGAACAGUUCAUCCAACGCAAUAUCGAAGCCCACCAUUCCCAAUGGCUAGAAGCUAUUACAACACACCCAACGAUAUUUAAGUUUGUCCAAGAAUUUACCCAGUGGCCCGCAGUUAAGCUUCUCAAACGGCAGAUGCUUAGGGCAAAUGUCCCUGGUGCCGAGACAACAGCAGUUCAUUACGAUCAUAUAUUUCUUCGCUACGGCCCGCCGACUUUCUUGACUGCUUGGCUUCCUUUCGGUGACAUCCCGGUCGAGGGUGGUGGGCUAACCUACCUCGAGAAUGCUGUACCCAUCGCUCAAGCUAUUGAAAAUGAUUUCACAAAGCGCGCUGAAAAAUUCACCCUGGAAGAACGACUGAGCGCAUUCAACGCCAACAUGUCACGAGGUGGCGCGUUGAGUCACGAUUCACAAGAGUUCAGCCGUGCGUAUGGUAACCAGAAAUGGCUUAUUGCCGACUAUGAGGUGGGAGAUGUUGUAUUCCAUCAUCCCUUCAGUAUUCAUGCCUCUUGUAUCAAUGAGUCACCUACAAGUACUAUUCGAUUGGCCACCGACUUGCGCUUUGUUAACCCAGAGGCUCCGUAUGACACUCGAUGGACAAACUACUGGUACCCUAAUGAGUAA